AUGGCUUCUCCUUGUCUUCCACGGCUCUUUGGCCGGACUGCUAGAACCCUUUGCAGGCCCAGACGGCAGCUUGUCCCUCUGUCGUCGUGGCGGGCAGCUUCCACCAAACAUCCCCAGGGCUUUACUCCCCCGACGGAAGAGGAUCUUGUGGAAUUGAGAGAAAGAGUCCAGGAGUUUACAAGACGUGAAAUUCCUGAAGAGGUCGCCGCAAAGACCGAUGCCGAGAAUAACUUCCCUCCGGAGAUGUGGCAGAAAUUGGGCGAAGCUGGGUUUCUCGGAGUAACUGCGGAUGAGCAAUACGGCGGUUUGUCGAUGGGUUACCAAGCCCACUGCAUUGUUCUGGAGGAGAUGAGCCGUGCUUCUGGGAGCAUUGCUCUGUCCUACGCCGCUCACUCCCAACUUUGCGUCAACCAGCUGUCUCUGAAUGGAACUCCUGAGCAAAAAGCGAAAUAUCUGCCCGGUUUGAUAUCAGGAGAGAAAAUUGGUGCUCUGGCCAUGUCUGAACAUUCAGCUGGAUCUGAUGUUGUAAGCAUGAAAACGACCGCCAAGGCUGUGGACGGCGGAUACAUCCUCAACGGCACCAAGAUGUGGAUUACAAACGGCCCUGAUGCGGACUAUAUCGUUGUUUAUGCCAAAACCGAGCCCACCGGCGGCUCAAAGGGCAUCACCGCUUUUAUUGUCGAAACUACAUCCAAGGGAUUUUCCUGUGCACGAAAAUUGGACAAAUUAGGAAUGCGAGGCUCAAACACCGGUGAACUGAUCUUUGAAGACCUCUUUGUACCAAAGGAGAAUGUUCUCGGAACAGUUAACCGUGGAGUCAAAGUUCUGAUGGAAGGAUUAGAUUUGGAACGCUUGGUGCUGAGUGCCGGGCCUCUGGGCAUCAUGCAAGCUGCCCUUGACCUCGUCCUCCCCUACACCCACACUCGCAAGCAAUUCAACACCCCCAUCGCCCACAACCAACUCGUCCAGGGCAAGCUGGCAGAUAUGUACACCAAGCUCGCCGCAUCACGCGCGUACACUUACAACACUGCCCGGCAAAUUGAUAACUCGGCCGAUUCCCCUGAAGGCCCUCAAAUCCGCACCCAGGACUGCGCGGGAGCCAUUCUCUACGCGGCUGAACGUGCGACUGAGUGUACUUUGGAUGCAAUCCAGCUGAUGGGCGGCACCGGAUAUAUCAAUGAGAUUCCCGCCGGUAGAUUGCUGAGAGAUGCAAAGCUUUACGAGAUUGGCGCGGGAACAAGUGAGAUUCGACGAAUGGUUAUUGGUCGGGCGUUUAACAAGGAGUAUGCUUAA